CUUUAGCGUUUGUCAAGAAAACUUCAGUGUUAUUAGUAACAAAUUAAUUAGUAAUCAAUAAAUUUGAAAAUUCUGCUUAAAAUAUUCAAUAUAUUAAAAAAAUAAAAAAAAAAUGAAAUUUUUAAGUUUUAUGUUAUUUGUUAUUUGUCUUACAUAUGUUAUAAGUGCAAAACCGUUACCAGACGAAGAAAAUUCUGCUGAAAACGUUGCUCCAGCAGAAGAAGCUCCAAAAUCUGAAGAAACCGAAUCUGAACCAGAUAAAAUCGAAACUCCUAGCAAACCCGAACCUAAAGUUGAAAAAGUGAAAGAAAAAGUGAAAGAAAAAGCUCCCGCUGUAGCAAAAUCUAAUAAUGUAAUUGAAAGAUUAGCAGCACCAAGUUCUAAUCCGGCUCAGAUGGAAAUCAAAUCAUGGGGGCCAAAAGAUUAUGAAUAUUCAUUCAAAACAGAUAAUCAAAGACAGGCUAAAACUAUUCAUAUUGAAGAUAAACCAGAGGAUAAAGAAAAUCCAUAUGAUGUUUCAGACACAGGCUCAUUCAGUCUAUCAAAUAAUGAGCAUGGUUAUGAAUAUAAUGUAGAAUAUACCGCAGGUAGUGAUGGAUACAGACCGAAAGUAUCAUUCAGCUUUCAUUCCUAA